UCAAGUUAAGUCUCACCUCCCUCAUCACCAAGUUGCCAACUACAAUGUCUACCUCAUUCUCGUCGGCUCACAGGCUUUAUGUCAAGUCACUCUACCGUCGUAUGUUGAAGAAUGAACUGGACUGGGUUGUUCGCAGAGAUAUCUGGCGUGGUCGUGCAAUGAUGAUUAGAGCUGAGUUUGAGAGAAACCGUGAUGUUACUGAGCCGAGAGCCCUUGCUCAGAUUCUUGAGAAAGCAGAGGCGAGUCUCGCAAGCAAGUUGCAUCCCGACCCUUACAUCCCUCCUACCAUGCCAGGAGGAACAAAGUGGGAACGCAAUAUACCUCCUACUAUUGCUCCUUUAUACGAUCACACAGCUGCUGUACAUCAUUAAGUACUGUAUACCUGCUCCAGCACCCAAUACACUCCGUUGUGUUGAACAUUAGCCAUCUUACAGUUGACUGUGUCGGCCGUCAUGUCGUUAUCCGAUCCAUUUCUGAAAGUUCGGCCUUUUCAGUAAUAUCCAACGUACCAUCAGCGUGAGUGCACCAGUGAUGCACACCAGAUGUGAUGUUGGCG